UUAGUAUACGUUAAAUAAUCAUAAAACCGCAAUUGUAAGAUAUUUUUUUAUUAAAAAAUGGAUAAUUUUCUUGUUGGUUGUGGGGCUGUAGCUGGUGGUGCUACCGGAGCUGCUACUGCUGGAACUGCAGGAGCUGUUGUCGGAGCGGCUGUGGGAACAGUUAUAUGUCCUGGCGCUGGUACAACUAUCGGAAAAACGGUCGGAGCAACAGUUUGUGGCACCGCUGGAGCUAUUUCUGGUGGAGUCAUUGGAGGUGCUGCAAUGGCUGAUGUCCUCGAGCGACGAAGAAAAUGAUGUUAGCUUAUAUUUUUAUAAUAUAAUAUAAAUAAUUUUAUACGAGGAA